AUACUACAUUGACGUAAGUUCAAACAAGGUGAUUUUUCUGUGACAAAAUAAUACGGAACAGGGUAAUCAAAUACACACUAAAAGGAACGGAGUUUUUUUUCAGUUAAAAUGAAGGGGUUUCCGUGUUUGGUGUUGACAGUUUAUAUUUUAACUACCCAGGCUUCUGAAGAGGAUGAGAAUCUACGAUCAGAGCGGGUCAGAUCAAAAUCUAGGCGAUUCAAUGAUAGAGGUAUGCCGUUCGGAGGAAGUUCAGGGGGAAGUGGAGGAGGUUCCGAAAGUCCCUUUCAUGGCGGCGGAGGUAUGGGCGGGAUGUCGUCCGGAGGAGCGAUGAUGAAUGUCGGGCCUUUUGGUGGGGGACCUAUGGGUAUGGGGUCAUCCCAUAGUGGAGCCUUGUCGGGGCCAAUGAGGGGACCAAAAGCGCCCGGAAAUCCGGCGUUGGGAGGGCCCUCGUCAACAGGACAUGGGAUGUUCAACGCCGAAGGUUCUAACUGUAUACGUCAUCGAAUUAUGUGUCCCGAAUGGUGUCGCAUCGUGGAUGAAAAUGGAUGUCAUUCAUGUCCUUGUGGGCCAGGUGGCGGUAUGAUAGGCGGCGGGGAUAUGUCCGGAAUGAUGUCGGCAUUCGGUUCGAUUUCUCCUUUCCACAAUUCGUUCACUUCCGGUCAAACUCAGAAAUAUUGUACAGCCACGAAGUUGUGUAUAUCCAUGUGCGCCGGAUCCUACAGUCUGGGAUCUAAAGGACCCGAUGGCUGCCAGUCCUGUACUUGUGAAAAUAAGAAUCCGUCUUCCGGGGGAUCAUCUGGACAUACAGGGGGAUUUUCAUCGUCAUUUUCCGGAAGUUAUUAUGGAGGCGGAAGUGGUGGUGGAUACGGAACCAACACAGGAGGAAGUUCCGGUACAGGGUCGUACACCACAACUGUUACAGGAGUGUCAAAUGCAUUGUUUAAACCGAUCACAUCAACAGGUCAGCAGCAUCAACAACAUUUGGUAGCUACACAACAAGUCAUAUCGGAAGUGGUCUGUUCGGCGUACUUGACCUGCUCCUCCACGUGCUCCGUAGGUUACACUUGCGGAAGUGAUGGGUGUCCCACGUGUGAAUGUAUUCAUCCAUCCGUGGUUGGUAUAGCGACGCAGCAGGUGACCAUACAGCGCCCCCUAUACUGCGCGACCUCGUUUUCAUGUCAGCGCCACUGUGAGACUGGCUAUCAGUGCGGACAAGAUGGUUGUCCGACGUGUCAAUGUCUACAACCUGUACAGCAAAUUAUUCAAGUCGAACCAGCACCGGAAGUAGCACAUCACGAGACAAUUAUCGUUACCGGAAAUAUCGGGACUGAAUGUCACGAGUGUGCUCCUCAACCCCAGCCCGUUUAUAUAACAGAGCCUUCAACAGAGUGUCAAUACAACUGUGACGAGCUUCCUCAUUACGUCAUCGAGAGACCGAAGCCACAACAACAAUACCAGACAGUUGUUGUACAACAACCGGAAGUAUGUCACAAUUGCGGGACUGGGCAGCCGCAGUACGUUCCUUUACCUCAAUAUGUUCAUCCCAGACCUGAAACACAACAGAUAAUUACUCAGACACACGAAGUUUGUCAUGAAUGCGAAACCACUCACUACCAACCUACAUAUGUUGCCAAGCCUCAACCACAGACAGUCGUCGUACAACAACCGGAAGUUUGCCAUGAAUGCGAAACGACCAGCUAUCAACCAGUUUAUGUAUCGAAACCACACGCAGAAACAAAACCCGUGUAUUUCCAUAGACCUAUUUACACAGAAAAUGUGGCCAGCAGGCCUCAACCAGUGUACGUUACACAGAACCAACCACAGCCAGUCAUUAACACAGGUCAUUCAAGUGGAGGGAUUAUGUUGGGAGUUUUGACGAGCGGUAGCUCUUCCGGUGGAAUCGGCGGAGGAAUACAUACGAGUUUUGCCGGCAGCGCCCAAAAUGGAGGCGGGUACUACUCUAGUGGUAACGGAGGAGGAUGGUCUGGAGCUGUAACCAACUACGGUGGUUCCCGCUAUCGUGGCUAGACUAUCGGACGGACAUAUUAACAAUAAAACAUUUUUAUAUAAAA